AUUGCAACUAAAAAUUCCUCGGCUAACUUAGGGGGAGAUAACGAGAGUGGUAUUGGUGUUCCUUUCUGCAGUUGGGAAAGUAUAAUAGCUGCAACCGAGAACUUCUCAGAUGUACAUAAACUUGGAUGCGGGGGAUUUGGUCCUGUUUACAAGGGAAUGUUUCAUGGAGGGCAAGAAAUUGCAGUGAAAAGGUUGUCGAGCUGUUCUUUACAAGGCAUUAACGAAUUUCAAAAUGAAAUUGUAUUGAUUGCAAAGCUUCAACACCGAAACCUUGUUCGCCUUUUGGGCUACUACAUGAAGGAGAAUGAAAAGAUCUUACUCUAUGAAUACAUGGCGAACAAAAGUUUGGAUGCCUUCAUAUUUGAUAAAAAGCUAUGCAUGUUAUUGGAUGGGAAGAAGCGGUUUGACAUCAUCUUGGGGAUAGAAAGAGAGGUUCUUUGUCUUCAUCAAGAUUCAAGGUUAAGGAUCAUUCAUAGAGAUUUGAAAACAGGCAACAUUCUGUUAGACGAAGAGAUGAACCCCAAAAUUUCAGACUUCAGUUUGGCAAGAAUUGUUGAGGGAAAAGGAAUAGAAGCAAGCACCAACAAAGUUGUAGGAACCUAUGGUUAUAUGUCUCCGGAGUAUGCAUCAGAUGGACUAUUCUCAAUAAAAUCAGAUGUAUUUAAUUUUGGAGUUGUGCUCGAGAUAGUCACUGGAAAGAGAAACACGGGAUUUUACCAAUCUACAGAAGACUUGAAUCUCCUGGGUUAUGAUUGA